AUGGGUCAUACUUCAGCGAGGAGAAAGCCAGCGAAGGGAAAGAGUAUCCGAUUUGGCAGUGCAGUUAGUCAUGAAUGUAGUGAUAAAAACACUGAUGUUAGGCUACAAAAGCGACCAAAGAAAAAGAGGCGAUUAAGGAGAAAAAGAACGAAUAAACAAAUAAUUGAUGAAGAUGAUUCAAAAGAUGUUGAUGAAGAUGAUUUACAAGAUGUUGAUGAACAUGAUUCAAAAGAUGUUGAUGAAGAUGAUUUAGAAGAUGUUGACGUUGAUGAUUUAGAAGAUGUUGAUGAAGAAUACCUCUUGACUUUUCUUAAUGACAUAAAUGAGGAUUCUUAUAUAACACAUGUUUCAAGGGACAAAGAAGAUGAUCCAGAUUAUUACAGAUUCAUUAAGUUGAAACCUGAUCAACCAUUAGAUGUUGAUUGCGAACAGAAAGAUGAUGGCAUUUUGUAUCUCAAAUAUCUGGAUGUUAUUGAAGAUGAUGAGAAUACAACACCAGAGAAAUCUGACAUUGUUGAGGAGAUUCAACUUGGGAACGAAUUCGACCCAAAAGAUGAAAGUGAUGAUACAUGCCAAGACUAUUGCACUUUUCUGGAUUACUUGGAAAAAGAAGGUGAAGAAACUAUGUUUAAGGAUGAUGAUGAUGAUAAUGUGCAAAUACUUACAACGGAUGAGAACCCUCGUGACGUAGUUAAUGACACUGAUUUGGCUGAGAUCGAAAGUGGUGAAGUUGCCCCUACAAACUUGCAUUCUUAUAAUGGUCCUGAUUUUGUCUUAUAG